AAUCCAAAGCAAACAAAAAAAAUUUAAAUCGGAAAAAGAAAAGAGAGACGAAAAAGAAAGCGAGAGUUGCAGACAAGGAGGUGGUCCGGUCUAUUAGUUUUCUCCUUUUCAGUCCACUACGCUUCUCUCUCAUCUCUCUCUCUCUUUCUCUCUCUAAAAUUCGCAAUCCUCUCUCGUAUUUUUCCAAUUCCCAAACCCUCACUGCCACACUCGUCAUCGGAAAUUUGGAUUUUUCGGUUUUUUUUUAUAUUUUGUGAAUUGGCCAAUUUUCGGCUACGUUUCGCCGGCGAGGUUUGGUUAGGGUCGGGUUUGGGCCAAUCGAGAUCUGGCUAGGAGCUUGGAAGGGAUCGUAAAUUGUGAUCCAAUUGGAGCUUCGUUGAAUUACCGUUUUGGAUCCGAUCGUGGAAGAAACAGCGCCACCGGCCGAUGGCGCUGUUCCGAAGGUUCUUUUAUCGGAAGCCGCCGGAUCGGCUUCUAGAGAUUUCUGAACGGGUCUACGUUUUUGACUGCUGCUUCUCCACCGAUGUGUUGGAAGAAGAUGAGUACAAACUGUACUUGGGUGGCAUUGUAGCCCAGCUACAGGACUACUUCCCUGAUGCUUCUUUCAUGGUGUUUAACUUUAGAGAAGGGGAGAGACGGAGCCAAAUUUCAGACGUAUUGUCCCAGUAUGACAUGACAGUUAUGGAUUACCCUCGGCAGUAUGAGAGUUGCCCAUUGCUGCCACUGGAGAUGAUUCAUCACUUUCUUCGAUCAAGUGAAAGUUGGUUGUCAUUGGAGGGGCAACAGAAUGUACUGCUGAUGCAUUGUGAAAGAGGAGGAUGGCCUGUGCUUGCCUUUAUGCUUGCAGGUCUUUUGCUAUACCGUAAAAAUUACACCGGGGAGCAGAAGACUCUUGAUAUGGUUUACAGGCAGGCUCCUAAACAGCUUCUCCAUCUGUUGACUCCUUUAAACCCACAGCCCUCGCAGCUUAGAUAUCUUCAGUACAUUUCACGAAGAAAUCUGGGUGCUGAUUGGCCUCCAUCAGAUACACCUCUAUUUUUGGAUUGUCUGAUACUUAGAAACCUUCCACUUUUUGAUGACGGAAAAGGUUGCAGGCCCUUCAUACGAGUUUAUGGUCAAGACCCUUCAACACCGGCCAACAGAAGUUCUAAGCUUCUCUUUUCAAAUUUAAAGACUAAAAACAAUACUCACCACUAUGUACAGGCAGAGUGUAUGCUGGUGAAAAUGGAUAUCCGUUGUCGUGUUCGAGGGGAUGUGGUAGUCGAGUGUAUCCACCUGGAUGAAGAUCUGGUUCAUGAGGAGAUGAUGUUCAGGGUUAUGUUUCACACAACAUUUGUACGGUCAAAUAUAUUGAUGCUCAACCGCGACGAUAUUGAUAUUCUUUGGGAUGCCAAGGAACAGUUCUCAAAGGACUUCAGAUCGGAGGUACUUUUUUUGGACGCUGAUGCUGUUGUGCCUAAUCUCACCACAGUUGUGGCAAGUGAUGAUGGAAAUGAGACAGGGACUGCUUCACCUGAGGAAUUUUAUGAGGUGGAAGAAAUCUUCAGCAAUGCCAUAGAUGGACAGGAACUGAAGUUGGCAUUUGAUACUGCACUGGUUCACAGCAAUGCACCUGAAAAUAUAGAUCAGAAAGAAGUCUGGAGGGAGGAUUUAGAGCCUCACUCAUUCCAAGACUGUGCGUCAGAUGAUGGGAACCACAAAAAGGACAGAAAUGUGGAUUCUACAACUGAUGCAGUGAAGGACAUUGCUGUGGAUGAUGUGAAAUACAAGCUGGAAGAGGUGGAUUCCAAUCUGGACGCAGUGAAAGACAUUGCUGUGGAUGAUGGGGAUACAAACUCGAAUUUCAUCUUAAUUUCUGCUGAUAUCCCAAGUCAUGAAGGAACUAAGGAAGUGGCAGAAGAGGUAUGUGAAAAUUUGGAAGAGAUGAAGGAUAUAACUGAUGGAGAAGACACUUCUAAGCUAGAGACCAAGCUCAGACAAGAAAAACUGAAUGCCGAGGUCUCUAGACAAAAAUCUGAGAAAUUGCAGCCGCCUACUUCUAAGCCUGUAUUGAACACAAAAACAGGUUCAGAAACAACGCUUACAAAACAGAAGGCUAAACAGCAAGAAACUCAGGGCCCUUCAGCAAGAGUAGCAAAACCAAAUGCUGUAUCUAGGUGGAUUCCUCCUAACAAAGGCUCACAUACUAAUUCAAUGCACGUUUCAUAUCCACCGUCAAGAUAUAACAGUGCACCAGCUGCUUUUGCCAAUAAUACUUCUUCAAAAGAUACAAAUGCAAACCCCAAAUUGAAGGCUUCUGCUGUUAAUACAGCAUCUGGAACUGCACCAAGGGAUGCGGCAAGUAAACUGAAAAAUAGUAAUGUUGAUCCUUUAAAGCAUUCAGAAUCAGCACCAGACACACUUGCAUCCUGCCUGCCAUCAACAGUUCCUCCAAAUCAAGAGACACAUGCUUCCUCUGUUUCUACGCCACAUAUUAGCCCACAGCAAGUAGUGACCGUUCCACCUCCUCCUCCUCCUCCACCUCAUGAGUCUUUCUCACCAGCUACCCCAUCUUUGCAGGUAGCUGCACCAGCAACUACUCCAUCACCUCCUCCUCCUCCUCCUCCUCCACCACCACCUCCUUUCCUAAGUAGUAAUGUGGUGUCGUUAAAGCCCCCUUCUCCUCCCCCACCACCUCCGCCUCCACCUACUAGUGGGCAGGAUACUGUUAUACCUGUGCCCCCUAUAAUUCCACCUCCUCCUCCUCCCUCUGUUAAAGCUAGUGGCAAAAAUGGUGGCCCCAUAUUGCCUUCACAACUUCCAUCAUCCCUUUGGAAGGUUGGGUACUCUACAGCCUCCCGGGGUUUGGUGGGAAGUACUCAACCAUCUCCCCCGCCUCCUGCACCUCUUUCUGUUCAGGAUGCUUUAAGUGCAUUGAAACUAAGUGUUGGGAUCCCUACACCACCACCACCUCCCACACAUGGAGCUCCACCACCACCUCCUCCACCCCCACCUCUUUCAUGUGGAGCUCCAUCUCCACCACCACCGCCACCACCGCCUCCAAUGCAAGGAACUAUACCUCCACCACCUCCACCUCCCUUACAUGGAGCUCCGCCUCCCCCACCCCAUCGUCCUCUGUAUGCAGCUCCACCACCAUGUUUAGUGCAAGGUGCUCCAUCUCCACCUCCUCCACCACCACUUCCAGGAGCUCCACCUCCGCCACCACCUCCUCCUUCUUAUGGGGCUCAGCCACCACGUGUAGUGCAAGGUGCACCAUGUCCACCUCCUCCGCCACCACCACCUCCAAUGCAUGUCCCACCUCCGCCACCACCACCUCCAAUGCAUGGUGCCCCACCUCCGCCACCACCACCUCCAAUGCAUGGUGCCCCACCUCCGCCGCCACCACCUCCAAUGCACGGUGCCCCACCUCCGCCGCCACCACCUCCAAUGCACGGUGCCCCACCUCCGCCACCACCUCCAAUGCACGGUGCCCCACCUCCUCCACCCCCUCCAAUGUACGGUGCCCCACCUCCUCCACCCCCUCCAAUGUACGGUGCCCCACCCCCUCCACCCCCUCCAAUGUGUGGUGCCCCACCUCCUCCUCCUCCACCUCCUAGUGGAGGUCGGGCACCCUCACCUCCUCCUCCACCUGGUGGAGGUCGGGCACCCUCACCUCCCCCACCACCUGGUGGAAGUCGAGCACCCCCACCUCCCCCGCCACCUGGUGGAAGUCGAGCUCCCCCACCUCCCCCACCACCUGGUGGAGGUCGAGCGCCCCCACCUCCACCACCUCCAGGAGCUCGUGGUCCUGGGCCUCCUGCUCCACCUGGACCUCCAGGUGGUGGUCCACCACCACCACCUCCAUUGGGUGCCAAAGUUAAUGAUGCAAGAGGCCUUUCUUCUGGAAGAGGGCGUGGAUUUCCACGUCCAGGGAUGGGCCCCUCUGCUACAGCGCCUCGAAGAUCCUCAUUAAAACCACUACAUUGGAGCAAGGUGACAAGGGCAUUGCAAGGAAGCUUAUGGGAAGAACUGCAAAGACAUGGAGGAAAUCAAAUUGCGCCUGAAUUUGAUGUGUCAGAGAUAGAGAGCCUUUUCUCUGCAACAGUUCCAAAACCUGCUAACAAAUCUGGAGACCGACGCAAGUCUGCUGGAUCCAAACCUGACAAAGUCCACUUGGUCGACCUGAGAAGGGCAAACAACACUGAAAUUAUGCUCACAAAAGUUAAGAUGCCGCUUCCUGAUAUGAUGGCUGCUGUUUUAGCAAUGGAUGAGUCGGUAUUAGAUUCUGACCAGGUGGAAAAUCUAAUUAAGUUUUGUCCUACUAAAGAGGAAAUGGAACUUCUCAAGAACUAUACUGGCGACAAGGAGACCCUGGGGAAGUGUGAACAGUAUUUUUUGGAGUUGAUGAAAGUGCCUCGGGUGGAGUCAAAACUAAGAGUAUUUUCUUUCAAGAUUCAGUUCAGCUCACAGGCCUCAGAAUUCAAAAAAAGUUUAAACACAGUAAACUCUGCAUGCGAGGAGGUUCGAACUUCUGAAAAGUUCAAGGAAAUUAUGAAGAAAAUUCUUUUUCUGGGGAAUACAUUGAACCAAGGAACUGCAAGGGGUUCUGCUGUUGGGUUCAAGUUGGACAGUCUUCUGAAGCUCUCUGAUACUCGUGCUUCAACUAGUAAGAUGACACUGAUGCAUUAUCUCUGUAAGGGUCUUGCUUCCAGAUCUCCUGAACUUCUUGGUUUUCAUCAGGACCUUGUCAACCUGGAACCUGCAACAAAGAUACAAUUGAAGUCUUUAGCAGAAGAAAUGCAAGCUUUAAUCAAGGGGUUAGAAAAGCUCAAGCAGGAGCUGGUGGCAUCAGAAAAUGAUGGCCCUGUUUCAGAGGUUUUUCGUAAGACAUUGAAGGAGUUCAUUACUGUUGCUGAGACAGAAGUGGCAUCUGUGACGAACCUAUAUUCUGUGGUGGGUAGAGCAGCUGAUCAACUUGCAUUAUAUUUUGGUGAGGAUCCUGCACGUUGCCCAUUUGAGCAAGUUACUGUGACUCUCUUAAACUUUGUGAGGUUGUUUAAGAAAGCACACGAAGAGAAUUGCAAACAGGCUGAAUUGGAUAAGAAGAAAGCUGAGAAGGAAGCGGAAAUGGAAAAGGCCAAGGGUGUUAACCUUACAAAAAAAGCAACAAAAUAGUGUGAAGAUUUUAGUCAUUCUACCACUGCAUGGGACGUCAAACUCCGGCCAUACAGCAGAGUUCGGCUGCAAUAUUGCUAACUAGCAGUGGCAAGGGGAAUAUUGCUUCUAGGACGACCCUGGUCAGAAUCCUUUUCUCAUUGCUUGUGCCAGGGAAAGCCCUCCAAGUUGAUUUGGCUGAGGGGAAAGGGGGACUACUUGCGUCCUGCAGCCUUUGAUCUAUGCAAGAAGAUUAACUGUACAUGCUUGACAAGAUGUUCAAUAGAAUGAUGGUCAACUGAUCAAUGAUGUUGGAUAUUAUACAGACCGGACUUUGGCACCGCUUUCAUUCGACAGCUCUCAAUCAUUAAUUGAGAAGCAACAGUUUCCCUACAGGUUGGAUACCAAUCAGACCCGGCCCCCUGUGCCAUCCUUCUGAGCAUAAAUUCCUGAAGUCUUGGUUCAGCCUUGGCAAUAUGGUUCCGGCUUUGAUCACUCGAGCUGCUCAGAUUCUAUGGCACCAGGGAAGAUGCCAUCGGGAUUGUAAAGUAAAGCACGUGUUCCUGCAGUACCACGAAAUCAUGUACAAAUCACUAACCCUCUCCUUAGUUUAGAAUUCAAUUCAUUUUUCCUGUAACAUAAAUUAGUUCCUUUUUUCCUCAUUCCAUUGAAAUUUUGCAUAGGAUGACCCCGUCGUGUUAGAUGUUGUAUAGGUUUCAGGCUCAGGAGACUAGAAGACUAGUGCAAUUGUAAAAUAACCAAUAGACUUAGAAACUGUUGUUCCUCACUUAUGGUUAUCGUUUAGUCAAAAGUAUACUAAUUCAUGAAAGUUCAGAAUAAUACCCGUAUGCUCAACAAUGUGCUUGCAAAAUCAAAAUUCUUUCGUCAGUUCCUUGUA